AUGAAAAUAAUUUUGAAAUCCAUAACAGGAAAAUUACAAGAUCUGGAAGUGUCAGAGGCCACCACUGUUCUUGAGAUCAAAAAGACCCUAGAGGCUGAAUACGACAUGAGCACACUUCGAUUAUGUUUCAAAGGUGACAUUCUUGCGGACACCUUAAGUGUUCAGGAGGCCAAAAUAGCUGAGAAUGACACACUGAUCAUCGCGGGGAAGAAGCGCAGCAUCCCUAAACCCCUUCCCUCCCCCCCAUCGGUGUUGUCGACGGCCAGCAGGGCAACGGCGUCCGCAUGCACCGAGCCUCAGCCACCUUCGGGGGAUUCGGCGGAAGGGCAGCCCUCCCCCCCUCCCCCUACCCCUCCGGCCUCCACCCCCUUGUCCGGGGCCACCCCCGAUUCGACCAGCGAUAUCAACAGCAGCCUCAUUGACGGAAUCGUCGCGAUGGGCUUUGAGGACCGGGCGCAGGUCGCCCUUGCCCUGCGGGCCGCCUAUUUAAACCCGGAUCGCGCGGUCGAGUACCUAUGCACGGGGAUUCCCCCUGGCCUGCUAAGGACUCUCAGCCCACCCGACCAAACCGCCCCCGCGCCGACCUCGACGACGUCCGAGCCCCCCCCUCCUUCCACGGCGCUCCAGGCGGUUUCGAGGGUGCAGCCCGAGCCCGGAUCCUCCGAUCUGCGCGCCGCCUUGUGGACCAUCCCACACUUCGACGACAUCCGCGCCGUUUUUCAGAGCAACCAGGAAAGCUUGCCAGUGGUGAUUCAGCAAAUUAGAGAUCGUUAUCCGAAUAUUUUUCAGCUCAUCGAGCUGAAUCAAGAGGAAUUCUUACGGAUUAUGAACGAGACCGCAGGCCAACCAGGGAAUCCUAUCACCACGGCCGAUGACCGCAACCCUAUGGACACCCUUCCUGUGGAGAUACGGAUCACGGAAUCGGACCGAGCGGCUGUUCGCCAACUCGUGGAACUUGGUGGAGGGAUGUGGGAUGAGCAAAGCGCACUAAUGGUCUAUAUUGCUACGCAGCGAAAUCAAGAAAUAGCAGCGAAUAUCCUUUUCGAGAAUGGUGGCGUCCCACCCGCCUUAUUGGAGCAGCUCGCUGCUCAAUUGCAUCACUUAGGGGAAGAAGAGAAUGAUGAAUCCGGUGAGAUGGAAGGGGGACCGAGGUAA